AUGGGUUUCUCAAACGAACCACUAGUUUUGCCACCGAAGAAGCCGAUCUACCGACGCGGCGGCUUCUGGUUCAUCGUCAUCCUCCUCUGCGUCAUUGCUGCUGUCGUGCCGCCACUUGUGGUCUAUCGCGACCGCCUCUCUUCCAACUCGUCGCCGUUCGACGAGCGCCCGUUCUGGAACGGCACGGGCCCCAACGACAAUCCUUUCGGCACGUGCUUUACCAUGCAGGCCACCGCAUUCCAGCCCAACUGGAAGGGCCAACAGACGACCACAUGGUGUGGCGCGCAAUUCAACAAGACGGCGCCCAUCUUUGCGCUGCCGUUGAUCAACAUGUCGCGCGCCGUCAAUGUGUCGGAGCCCGUGACGCACGACGUGGAUCGCGAUGUGUGGGAAAGCAUGACGCGCAACUGGUGCGGUGCGGAAGCCAAGAUCCGUGGGCCAGCCGGCGAGUUUGACGCCAUCUACGGAGACGCCAACGUAUGGACGACGAUCGACCUCAACAUGAACCUGUUCGAGACGCUCAAGGGCGUACCCAUCGGCACAUAUGCGGAUCCAGACGAAGCGCGGUGGAUGGACAACAUCCGGGUCUGCUUUACCGGCAACCGCACCAAUGUCUUCCGAGGGUAUCCGUAUAGCUACGAGUGA